GUAAUUCUACUUUUUCUUAGUUUACUUGCCAUGUAAACUUAAUGAGAUGAAGAAGUACAAAUUAAAUAAAACUCCCAAUAUAAUAUCAUUCGUGAUAGGCUACUCUUAUAUCAGGCAAUGAAGUCUGCAUUCUCAAUCAUAGAAAAAAAAAACAAAGUCCUCAAUGGUAUUAAUAUCUAUAUGAAAAUAAUGGAGCUCCAUUGACAUAUUUACUCGGUUGGCAUAUCUCAGAGCAGCAAAUCAGCAAACACUUUAAGCACAUAACUGAAAAUUCCUUUUAGUGAAUAAAAAAAGAACAAUUUCUUACCCAUAGGGCUAUAGAACACUCCCCUUCUUCUCAAGAGCAUCUUCUUUUCCUUCUCUUGGCAAUCUUCAUUGCCUCAAGAAACUUAACCCCUCUCUGUAAAUCUUUUUUGAAGACAAAACCUCCAAAUGCACAGCAGCAGAACCCCAAAACCCAAUCGAAAACCCUUCUUCUCCACACAUUAACUGACAGCAAAAACAGGCAUAUCCCCAAAAUACCAAUCACCAUAUCUAAAUCGAGCUCUUUCCGCAAUGCCAGUGACAAGGCCAGACCUACAAUGACCAUGAUUCCCAAAACAAUAACAAUCCAGUUUCUAUUCCCGCUCCUUCUCCCGCCGGAACCUUCCCCUCCAUAGCCCUUAAGGAAGACGCCUCCACCCCCAUUUCCACCAACAAAUUCUCGUAUCAGCAAAUCAAACGGCUCUGGAAAGAUCCUGAGCUUGGAAGCUACCAAGUAAGCCGAAUGCAACAAGAUCUUAGUCGAUCGCGAAGAUCCGGAUUUCCCUUUCCUCUUCAAUGCAGACGCGAUUUGCCUGCGGACAUUGAUUUGGGAUGAGAACUUAGCGAUACGACAAGGCAGAGUGUGUGAAAUGGAGGAUUGUCGUGGUAUUUGGCUUGAUUUGCAGAAGAAAUUUGGAUCUGGAAUCAAACCCUGUAAAUCGAAGAGAAAUUUGGUCUGCAUUUUGCUCUCUCAGGAUUUUGCAAGAGGAAUGGCCAAGAAAUUACAAGAGACCGUUACGCCUUCCAAGCCAGGAAUCACUGGAUUAUGAAAUUUGCAUUUAUGUUUCUUCAACACAAAGACAAGGUAAUCGUGUUUUACCGCCUUUUGCCUUUUUACAUCUAUUACACCAUGUGCCCUUUUUUAAUCGGAGAGGCAGUAUAAAAAUUAUACCCCUCCAUCCAAAAUUCUGGAGUUUUUUUCCGAAAUAAUGCUAAUUAAAUAAAUUAUUCCCGAAAUAUUGUCGGGUUAAAAAUAAUUUCAAAAAUACUGCUGGAAUUAACCACGAUUAAGGAAAGCCGCCACUUCAAGUGGCGACUCUUGUAUUACUUCACAAAAGCCGCCACUCCGAGUGGCGGCUCUUCUCUUAUACGUAGUAGUAUAAAAACCGCCACUUCAAGUGACGGCUCUUCUCUUACGUCCGAUUUUGUAAAUAUAUAAAACACAAUACGUUUCAAGAAUUUGUUUAACUGCCUUCCUGGUUGAAUUUUGAGCUGAAUUUUGGUAUGCAUAAACUAGACUUGAUGAGGGACAUGCUCAAAAAAUUUCAUGAAAAAAUUCCAACGGAAACACCCUCUGAUGGUGUUGUCCACGAGGGGUUCCGGUCAGGACGUCAUGACAAAAGGGUGGUCCGGCCACCUCAAUUUGAGGUGGUUCCCGAUGGUAUAUUUUGAUGAAAUUUUUUGUGUAUGUUCUUAAUUAAGUCUAGUUCAAUCAUACCAAAUUUCAGAAUCAAUCUCAAAUUGGAAAGCAGUCAAAUGAUUUUUUAAAGAUAACUGUGUUUUAUAUGUAUAAUCCGGCGUAGUUAUCUUUCAAAAAUCAUUUGUCGGUCUUUCAGAUUGAAUGUUUUGCUCAAAUUUGGUAUGAUUGAACUAGAUUUUAUUAAGAACAUACACAAAAAAAUUCAUCAAAAAGGGAACCACCUCAAGUUGAGGUGGCCGGAUCAAUCUUUUGUCAUACGUCCUGACCGGAACCCUCCUCGGACAACACCAUCAGAGGGUGUUUCCGGUGGAAUGUUUUGAUGAAUUUUUUUGAGAAUGUUCCUCAUCAAGUCUAGUUUAUGCAUACCAAAUUUCAGCUCAAAAUUCAAUCGGAAAGGCAGUUAAACAAAUUUUUGAAACAUACUGCAUUUUAUAUAUGUACAAAAUGGGAGAUAAGAGAAGAGCCGUCGCUUGAAGUGGCGGCUUUUGUACUAUAAGAGCAGAGCCGCCACUCGAAGUCGUGGCUUUUGUGAAGUAAUACAAGAAUCGCCACUUGGAGUGGUGACUUUCCUUAACCGUGAUUAAUUCUAGCAGUAUUUUGGGAAAUAUUCUUGACCCGGUAGUAUUUCAGGAAUAAUUUAUUUAAUUAGCAAUAUUCCGGGAAAAAACUCAAAUUCUUGUCCGUUUUACUUGGAUAAGAGUUUAAGAGAGUGAAAAUAAAGUGAAAAUAUAUAAUUAUAGUUGAGUAUGAAAGAAGGUAAAUGAGUGAUAUUCAUACAAACCUUUCCAAAAAAGGAAAUGAGAAGAAUUUGUUGGGACGUACCAAAAAGUUAAGUGAGAAGAAUUUUCAGGGACGGAGGUAAUACAAAUUUGUACGAGUAUUUGUAUUACACCAUGUGCUGGACUGAACUUCCGGUGUGUAGAGAGUAUUUGUAUUUCAACAGAAAUGCUAGGGGUACACAACAUGCACAACUUGUACACAAAAUAUCGAUCAUAGACAAUUGGUACGAAAUUGCUUGUGAGAACAGACAAGAGUUGCCUGUGUGCACAAACAACUUUUGUCUAUGUCAUAGACAUUACUUUUAGUGUAAAAAAGUACAUUGACAGCUGUCUAAACACUAACACCAGCUUGCAAAUCAAUUAAUAUCUGUGCAGUGUCUGUGUGUACAGACAAUAUUUUUCGGUAAAAUACACAGACCGAACCAUACUUGGACAAUUAUAAAAUACACGGAGGUCAAACGUUUACCAGAACAGACGAGACAAAACUUAAAUAAACAAGACCACCAGACCAGAUCAACCAACAAAUUUUGGUCCAAAACAAAACAAUACUCCCUUCGAUCCUAAAUAAAGUUCACUGUUUGACAUCACACAAAUUAAGGAAAUAAAUUUGACUUUACUGUAGAGUACACUGUUGUUACACUGUUUGACACUGUUUGAUACUGUUUUGCAUUGUUUGACACUAUUUUGAUGUAGAUAAUUUGCCAAAUAAGGAAGGGAGAAAAGCAUGAACUUUAGUUUGGACAGACUCAAAAAAAGAAAGUUUGAACUUUAUUUAGGACAGGAGAAAGUAUUUUAUUCGGUAGUCCGUAUAAUAAUAUAAAUAAAAAUAAUUAUAACCAAAAGGCCCGCAAAUGCUGAAACGCACUCCUCGGCUCUUCGCUAACGGCAAACCGACCGCAAUCCUCUCCUCGCAAUACACUGCUCACCUGCUGCAUCGCCCUUGCCGCCUGCUCCCGUGCUCCGCCAGUCCGACUUGCUUUUCAGUCUUCCGAUCUUCGAAUCUUCGCCUGCCCUAAUUGAUUUUCGAAUAACUGAAUCCGCAAUCCGCAAUCGCAGGGAGCGUCUGGCCCAUCUUAAAUCAUUGAGUAACCUUCACUGGGAGAAAAAUGUUGCCUUAUCCUUCUUUCAUGCGACAGUACCCAGGGUCUACGGAGAUCAUCCCGACAUCGUAUCUUCUUCCUGCCCAGUGGCCCAAGCCCCAUCAUGAUGAGCUCCUCUUAGCCAUGGAGGAGUCAAAUUUCGAGGAAAAAAUUAAUGAAAUUGGGAAGUUCAACAGCAACUUAACUGUGAUCGGAAAGACCAGUAUAGUUGAUAACGAUAAAGAAGAUUUUGACAAUGAAGCUGAAGAUGAUGAUGCCGACAAUGGAGAAGAGUCGGAAGCUGAUGAUUUCGACCAAGAAACCGGCUGACUUAAAUUUCAGGAUACAAAAAUCAUAACUUUGUUUUGCAACUCUUCCUAUUAUGCUGCAGUUUGAACUGAUUGAUGUAUCAAUACGUUUGGUUCCUAAGAAUAUACAUAAUAUAUAUAUAUAUAUAUAUAUAUAUAUAUAUUAUUUCUUGAUUUGUGCGUGUUAUUGAUUUGUUCCUAUACACACAAAUGAUUGUGUGAUUUUACACAUAUUCAUGAUCUGGGGCGUGAUGAUAUAUAUGGUGUUUAAGUGAUGGACAUUCACAUAUUACCCUACACUAAUCUUAUAUUUUUAAUACUCUGUGUUUGCUAUGUUUAAAUGUGUGCGCCAAAUGUGUGUUUUCUAUUACAUAAGCUCUGUCCUUUGUGGUUAUAUUGAAGAAAAUAUCAUGGCUGUAGAGGGAAAGAAGCAUAACCCAGCUAGUACCUGACCUGAAUCGAUGCCCUAUCUGACUCGGACCCGUGACUACAGAGUCAUGCUUGGACCAAUGCUUUUGGCUUAGCAAAUGUGAUCAAGGAAUUGUUCCUGAAUUCUGAGCACAGAAACUGCUGUACGCAUACCCAUGCCAACUGGAGUAAGAAACAUCAGGAAAAGAUCACGAAGAAGCACUUCUGGAUAUGUGUUAGAUGCCCCCACACAACCUCACCGUCUUCAACAUGAAUUCUUUGCAAAAAAUUGAUCCUACAGCCCAAGCAGAUGUGGAUUUAUAUGGUCACCUCAUCAGUGGUGCAAAGCUUUCUUUAGAACUGAUGCUAAGUGUGAUGCUCUUGUCUGAAUUUAUUAACACACUUCUUAAAGCUAGGUGUAAGUCUAUUAUCCCUAUUUCAGAAUCCAUUAGAGUUGCCACAAUGAAAAAAAUUGCAAAGAAGGCAAAGUUUGGAAAUAUGUGGCCAGGUAACAUUGGACCUGAAAUUAUGAAGAAUCUAAAUCCAAACAUUUAUGAAAACACGGGAUGGAAGGUAUUUGCUAUAUUUAGAAGUGAGCAUUCCAUUAUUGAAUAUCUGCUACUACAUAUGCAACUACUUUUAUCAAAGCAGGUUGUCUUUAAUGGUCAUGACGGCUAUGAGGUCAAACAUGGAAGACAUCAGUACCAGGUACCGCUAGAAGGAAGAAUUCGUUCUUGCAGGGUAUGGAAUUCCAUGCCUGCAUGCUGUGUGUGCUAUAAUUGACAAGGCCAGGGAUCCAGAAACUUAUCUUGUGUGAGCUGUAUUUGACGAGGGCAUGGAUCAAGACACUUUUGUUGAUGAGUGCUACUCAAAAGAUGUACUAGAGAAUCUAUUCCCUCACCUUGAACCCAUGAACAGAGGUUCCCUCACCUUGAACCCAUGAACCCAUGAACAAGGCCUGUUGUGGAAAAGGACAUAACAAAAUGAUAUUGAAGCCCCAAUUCUCAAAAAAUGACCAGAUGACCUAACAAAAAGAGGACCAUCAUCUGGUAGCACAACAAUGACAAGAAAAGGUACAGUGAUAAUGUAUUGAAUGUAUUCUAUCUCCAAAAGGUAGCAGGACAUAUCAAAUCUAAAUGCCCAAAAGAACCACAAAGACAACAGACCACAGAGAGAGGAAGAAGGGCACCAGAAAAAUUGCCAGGCCUACAAACAAUAGAAGAAGGCUGAGAGGUCUACGAAGUGAAGAACCUGGUCAGCCAAGUCAAGAAGGUGGUCCGGCUAUUCAACAAUGCAAUUGUAAAGCUAGGCCUAGGGUUAUUUGUAGUAUAUUGCAUGGUAUUGGUGUGUGAGGUAAUCUCAUUGUAGAUUACAUUUUUGUGGACAAAUUUGCAUCUUUGUUAGUUGUUGUGUAACAUGUUUUGGAUAGCUUAUGUUGAACGUAUUAGUUAUUUUGGUUUUGCUACUUCUGGUUUUGUUGUAAUGAACCAGGAGUUAUGGGUUUGAAGUUAUGGCUUGUUAUGGCUUUUAGAUGAACCUGUGAGUUCG